UACUGUAUAGUACGCUUUUGGGGUUAAUUAUUUGAAGGCACACAUUACACAUACAAUUGUUGAUGUGCAUAGUGCAUACAUACACACUAGCAGGAUAUGAAGAUAGAGCCUAUCAUCACUCUAUUCUGAUUCUCUUCUCUCUUCUCCAUCUUAUUUGGUACCCCAGACAUGGCUGCUUGUGCUUUGUUCACUGGUGCCAGUAACAACACUGCCGAAGAUGGGAAUGUCAGCACCACCACCACCACCACCAACGGCGCUGCUGCUGCCGGAAGUGGUAGUAGCCCUCUCACCAGUGCUUCCAGCAACAUCAGCGCCAGUGAAGAACAACAACAACAACAACACAUGCUUCUUCUCCAUGGUACUAGUGGCUUCAUGAAUCAGCCUCAUUGUGAGAGGAAAUUAGUGAGAAAAAGAAUGGCUUCUGAGAUGGAACUUCACCCUUCCAUAACCAACACCAACACCACCACCACCACCAUUUCUGAGUAUCCUAGGUUUCCUCGUAGAACCACCAACAACAUCAACACCUCCUCUUUCAUUCAAAAGGGCUCCCCAGUUGGUACAGGUAGUAAUUGUAACUAUCCUUAUAAUAAUAAUAACAAUAACAAUAAUAAUAUUAAUAAUAACAAUAAUAGUAAUAGUAUUAGUGAUGUUGUUGUAUCAAGAGAUAACGUUACUAUUCCAAAUUACCCCAUUGUGACGCUCACAACCAACUACUCCACUAUGAUGCUACCUUCUCUUUCAUCAUCUUCAUCAUCGUCAUCAUCUUCUUCCACCAAUCUCAUCAACACCGUCAAUUCUUCCUCGCCCUCAAUACCCUCCACAACCAUAACCGUUUCGGCUCCAAACUACGCUCAACACUUCAAUCAAGAAAUCCUACUUGACAACAAUCAAAACACCACACACCUGCAGUUUGCGGAUUCUCCCAUAAGGAACAACUCUGCAAAUAUUGUUGAGGUUGUUACUUCUUCGCCUUCUUCCAUGGAUGAAAGCUCAGCCGCUUCUAAUUGGAUCGAUGGAAUAUUGAAGGAUCUAAUUCACAGCUCUAAUAGUGUCUCAAUCCCUCAGCUCAUCAACAACGUCAGGGAGAUUAUAUACCCUUGCAACCCAAACUUGGCCAUGCUUCUUGAGUACAGGCUCCGCCUCCUCACUUCUGACUCCUCCUCCGCCGCCGUGCCCGCAGCACCACCGCCACCACCGCCUCCACAAAACAAAACUCCGGUUAUGAAGCAAACAAAUACUUCAAACAUGCAUGCUUACGGUGCUAUACAUUUUCAAGAUUCAUCUUUGAACCAGUACUGGCCUGUAGUACCGCCAACGCCGUUAGAUUCUAACAACAACAAUUCAGUUUCGUUGGCCAAUACUUUACCAUCACCGCCACCGCCUCCUCCGCCGCCACAGCCACCGCAACAAGAGAAACCCGAAGAAGAUCUUGUUACAGCACCGGCAACCACCACGAGCACCGCCACCGCCACAGAAAUGGCGGUGCUAACGAGAAAGAAAACCGAGGAGAUGAAUCAACAGAAGAAGAAAGACGAAGAAGGCUUGCACCUCCUCACACUACUCCUCCAGUGCGCAGAAGCAGUUUCAGCGGAGAAUCUAGAAGACGCGAACAAGAUGCUUCUAGAAAUUUCUCAACUGUCGACGCCGUUCGGCACAUCAGCGCAACGCGUGGCAGCGUAUUUCUCGGAAGCCAUAUCCGCAAGGCUGGUCAGCUCUUGCCUCGGAAUCUACGCAACGCUGCCAAUCGUUCCUCACAGCCAGAAAGUGGCUUCCGCUUUCCAAGUCUUCAACGGAAUCAGCCCCUUCGUCAAGUUCUCCCACUUCACCGCCAACCAAGCCAUUCAAGAAGCGUUCGAGAGAGAAGAAAGGGUUCACAUCAUAGAUCUAGAUAUAAUGCAAGGCCUCCAGUGGCCUGGUCUCUUCCAUAUUCUGGCUUCCAGGCCCGGUGGGCCUCCUUACGUGAGACUCACGGGCCUUGGAACCUCUAUGGAAGCGCUCGAGGCCACUGGUAAGCGGUUAUCGGAUUUUGCCAAUAAGCUUGGCCUUCCGUUUGAAUUCUUUGGCGUUGCGGAGAAAGUUGGGAACGUUGAUCCUGAGAGGCUUAAUGUUAGUAAGGCUGAGGCUGUUGCUGUUCAUUGGUUGCAGCAUUCUCUUUAUGAUGUUACUGGUUCGGACACAAACACUUUGUGGCUUUUGCAGAGGUUGGCACCUAAGGUGAUAACAGUGGUAGAGCAAGACCUAAGCAACACAGGUUCAUUCUUGGGAAGGUUUGUGGAAGCCAUACACUACUACUCAGCACUAUUUGACUCCCUUGGUUCAAGCUAUGGAGAAGAGAGUGAGGAGAGACAUGUGGUGGAGCAGCAACUACUCUCAAGGGAGAUUCGGAAUGUUCUAGCUGUUGGGGGUCCAUCAAGGACUGGUGAACCAAAGUUUCAUAACUGGAGGGAGAAGCUUCAACAAUGUGGAUUUAGAGGCAUAUCACUAGCUGGUAAUGCUGCUACACAAGCAAGUUUGUUACUUGGUAUGUUCCCUUCUGAAGGGUACACUUUGGUGGAGGACAAUGGUAUUCUUAAACUUGGUUGGAAGGAUCUUUGUUUGCUCACUGCUUCAGCUUGGAGACCACCCUAUACCACUGCAAUGGCUCAUCAUCAUAGUUAAUGUUUCUCCAUAGUUUUUUUUUUUUUUUUUUUUGGUCAUGUCAUUCUAUGGUCAUGUCAUUUUCUGAUUCUAAUCCUAUAUGUAGCAUCCAUCUCUAUGGUCGUUAAUUUAAAAAAGAGAUAUUUGGUA